UAUUCCAGCUGUGUUGGGGUAGAGGAGCACCAUGCUGUUGACAUUGAUCUAUACCAUUGUCCCAACUGUGCAAUUCUCCAUGGACCUUCUCUAAUGAAGAAGAGGAGGAACUGGCACAGACAUGACUACACAGAGUUGGAUGAUGGUUCCAAACCAGUGCAGGCUGGAACACGGACCUUUGUUAAACAGCUGCGGGCUCGCUCUUUCCCAAGUGCUGAUGAAGUCAUUUUGAAAAUGCAUGGAAGCCAGUUGACACAAAGAUACCUGGAGAAACAUGGGUUUGAUGUUCCCAUUAUGGUUCCUAAAUUAGAUGGUCUGGGGCUCAGACUUCCUCCGCCAACUUUCUCUGUUUUAGAUGUGGAACGCUAUGUAGGUGGCGACAAAGUGAUAGAUGUAAUAGAUGUAGCAAGACAAGCAGACAGUAAAAUGAAGCUCCAUAAUUAUAUUAAAUAUUUCACAAAUCCUGACCGACCAAAAGUAUUGAAUGUGAUCAGCCUGGAAUUCUCAGACACAAAGAUGUCUGAAUUAGUGGAAGUACCAGAUAUUGCCAGAAAGCUUUCAUGGGUGGAAAAUUAUUGGCCAGACGAUUCUGUCUUCCCUAAGCCUUUUGUUCAGAAGUAUUGCUUGAUGGGUGUCCAGGACAGCUAUACUGAUUUUCAUAUCGAUUUUGGAGGAACGUCAGUUUGGUACCAUGUUCUCUGGGGUGAGAAGAUAUUCUAUUUGAUCAAACCCACUGAUGAAAAUUUGGCUCUGUAUGAGUCUUGGAGUUCAUCUGUCACCCAGAGUGAAGUAUAUUUUGGGGACAAGGUUGACAAAUGUUACAAAUGUGUUGUGAAGCAAGGACACACUUUAUUUGUUCCAACAGGCUGGAUUCACGCAGUGCUCACGUCUCAGGAUUGUAUGGCUUUUGGAGGAAACUUUUUGCACAACCUCAAUAUUGGCAUGCAGCUCAGGUGUUAUGAAAUGGAGAAGAGGCUAAAAACUCCAGAUCUUUUCAAAUUUCCUUUCUUUGAAGCCAUCUGUUGGUUUGUGGCCAAAAACUUACUGGAAACAUUGAAAGAACUGAGGGAAGAUGGUUUCCAGCCUCCAAGCUAUUUAGUGCAAGGAGUGAAGGCUUUACUUACUGCUUUAAAAUUAUGGAUGAAAAAAGAACUUGUAACAGAACAUGCCUUUGAAAUUCCAGACAACAUUAGGCCUGGGCAUCUCAUAAAAGAGCUUUCCAAAGUGAUUCGUUCUGUAGAGGAGGAAAACAGCAAACUAGUUAAAACUCAGGGAAUUCUUGGUGUGUGUCCAACUUCACGGUCUUCGCAUGAAACAGCUUCCCCUCACCACUCCAGACGAAGGGUGAGGAAACUGCGAGACCAUGCUACCAAAACUCCUUCUAAUCUGGACAUCCUGGAACUCCACACUAGGGAGGUACUGAAAAGACUGGAGAUGUCACCGUGGGAGGAGGAUACCACAAGCUCAAAACUGAACGGGAGGUUUAACAAGCCCUUUCAGCCAUCUUCUACAGUACCUGAGUGGCGAGCAAAAGACAAUGAUCUUCGCCUUCUGCUGUCAAAUGGAAGAAUAAUUAGAGAUGAGAGAUGCCCGUUUACAGAUCGAAGUCUUUACACAGCAGAUAGUGAAGAUGAAGAUGACAGGACAAGGUCGAAAAAGACAACUGUUAAGGUAGAAGACCAGCCCUCAGGAUUUGAAGGAGAAGGGAAUGCAGAUACCCAGAAACCACUGAACAUGUUCUUUGAAAGUGUGAAAUCAGAACUCAGGAAUGGAUCCUCAGAGUACUCUGAUAUUUCUGAUUCAGAAGAAUCUGAGCCUGAUUGCACUACACAGCAGAAGGAUUCCUCCACAGAGGAGUCAGAAAGCUCAGGUGAUGAAGAGAAACAGGAAGUAACAUCAAAUUUCAAAGAGGAAUCUAAGGUCACAAGAGACCUUUAUCAAAAUACCCAGAAGCCAUCCAGAAAUGAAACUCCCAGUAAAAAGGAAUGUCCUACCUCGACAAGUACAGAAGAAGAAGCUAUUCAGGGCAUGCUUUCUAUGGCAGGAUUGCACUAUACUACAUGUUUACCAGGUCAUACUCAAAGCACAGACUGCACAGAUAAAAGAACCUCUCUUCAGGAACACAGAAGCUACCCCAGGAGUCGGCAUAAAGACAGACAGUCAUCUCAGAGCCACAAGACAAUAGAAUGUGGUAGGUCUAUGAAGGAAGAGGAAGGAGACUUGGGGACUUCAGCAUGGGCUAGACACCUGAAUGAAGCUUCGAGGAUUACCCCUCAGGAUACAAGUAAAACUCAAAAAUAUAACAAGAAAGAGGGUGCAUCAGAAGUCAGUCAUAAGGUUCAGGAAAACAGAAGUAUAGUCCACAACAACAGCUUGAGUUUUCAGCAUGGCAAGUAUACACGAGACUCCAGUCUAAUUCAAGGAGAAUGUCGGCUGAGUGAUGGCAGCCUUAGCCCUGACAGGCUGUAUGGUGAAACAUCCUUGUCUGUACCACUUCAUCCAACAAAGAGGCCAGCAUCAAAUCCACCCCCUAUCAGCAACCAGGCGACAAAAGGCAAACGUCCAAAGAAAGGAAUGGCAACUGCUAAACAGCGACUUGGGAAGAUCUUGAAGCUGAAUCGGAAUGGCCAUGCACGCUUCUUUGUUUAAUGUAGCUGCUACUUCUACUACUGCUGUCUUUCCUACACAGACCAGUAUUGAGGUCAACAGAGCCUGGAGCUGCUGUUAUUCCUCUGCUUGAAGCAGACUUGCAUGUACCAUAUAAAACACUGCCUGAUGAACAAAGAUGAGAAAGAAAAGAAAAAAAAAAAAAAAAAAAAAAAAAGAAAAAAAAAAAAAAAAAAGGAAAAAAAAAAAACAAACCAACCCAAUGCUGCAUUUUCACUGUGCCACACCUGCUCAGCAAUAACCAUACGGGAAUGGGGAAAUCUUCAGAGAGACAUGGACUGUGAGAAGUAGUCUCUCAUCAGGGCUUGUAUAUCAUUUGUUGCUGGUAGUUUCUGAGCUAAUUAAUGAGGGGAAGAUGAUGAAGGUGGUUUAUCAAUAAUUUAUUUCUGAUAGAUUUUGACAAGUUUUAAAUUCAUUUUAAAAACCUAUUUAUUUGGAAGACUUUUGUGGGGGUUAUUAAUUUAGAUUUAAGAAUGUGAAAGUUUUUAAUUGUUUUGAUAAUGUAUGUUUGGUGCAGUGGAGAGCCACAUUAAUUGUGAUUAGUCUGGACUCUUAAAUUUGAUAUUCAGGUUAUAGUCUUAAAUAGGGGUGAGAUGCAUUAUUAAUUAUUUUUUAAAUUAAGGCAUAUGGAAUUUUUUUUUUUCUUCCUGCUUUUUGUAAGCUAUUGGCUGGGCUUCUGUUGACUUGCAAGUUGCAUAUUCUCUGCCAGCUUGAUUAUUUUUUUGACCUGUCCUCUUUAAUACAGUUUUAUUUAUUUGAUGGACUAGAAGAGACUCAUAAAGACAGAAGAAUCUCUUGUGUCAGUCCAGUAGCUAACUUGUUUUAAACUGCACCCCUUUCCUCCAAAUUGGACUGCAUACUUUUCCUCCUGUCUGUGAUGAUUUACUUCUGUAAAAAGGCUCCCUGUAAUUGUAUUUGUACAGGUUAUUUAAGAGUUGGUACAAAGGAGGGAAAUGUAAUAUAUCUUUCUGGAGGAACGGGGACAUCAGUUAAGAUAAAUGUUUCUUCAGAACAGUUACUCUGAAAUAACUCAUAAGAUAUACAUUGCCGUCUUAAAAUUUGGUGUAUUACUUAACGUAGCAUGGAAGAAGCAUUAAAAUAUUACUGUUAUACUUAAACACAUUUUACUGAAGAGUCAGGAAGGCAGUAGAAUGUGUGUUUCUUUCAAAGCUGGGUGAGACAGCCAAUUAAAAGUCUUAACUGGUGCAUAUAUAAGCAUUAAGUAGCUUACUGGUAUCAGAAUGAUCAUUUGUCAGGCCUCCUACAGAGCUGGUAGCAAAUGCUGAUUCUGAAUUAUUGUAAAUACUUUUGAUUUUAAAUUUGUAUUUUUCUGUAAUAUAAAAUUAAAUAUUUAACUUCUGAGGGAUGGGGACGAAGGCGGAAAGGGGAAUACUUUUACUUGACUCUGGAAAAAGGGCAUUUUGCAGGGUCCAGCCAAACUGUAAACGUUAAUAUGCUAGUGACAACAAUAUUGUUUGUUGUUUGAGGGUUUUUUUGGUUGCUAAGAGUAACAAUACUCAGGCAUAGCUAUCCAAGUAAUUGAAUUGAUUUAACUUUCCAUAGCAGUUUUUCCUUUCUCCAUAUUCUAUACUGGAAUAAUUUUCUCUUGUUAUUGUUUAAAAACAAAUUCAGUUGGACUUUCUAGAAUAUUUGUGCAGUGUUAUUUUUAUCUAGGCUAGAUUAUGAAUGCCUUUACAAAUUUAUGGAAAGAGUUCUGAUGUCAGGUGUUUUUGAUUGUUGCAGGGUCAAGACUAUUUAGUGCUAUAUUACUCUGUUUCUAAAUUGAGAAACAUCAAAACAUAAUGCAAGUAAGUCAGGUAGCUUUGAUGGCUUUAUUUCCUCUGGAGCUUGAAAAUUACAACUUUGAGUGGUUUUUUUUGCAGCCCUGCUUUUACAUUAUAUUGGCUUAACUUUAUAGUUUUGUGUGUGUGCGUAUGGGUGAAUUUUUUUUUAUCCUUUUUUUCCUAAAUAUGGUUUUACAGAAGCAUGUUUUCAGUCCUUUUAUUUUUUAAAAAAUUAAUUCAAGUUAUCAGCCUUGUUUAGACUAUUGGGAAUAGAGGUAACAAAGGAUUUCUAAAAAGCAGAAGAUAAGCUAAGAGGUACUCUAAAGGUGCUGAAAGUGACUCUAAAUACUUGCUGUUCUCAGGUGCUAUGUUUUCCAGAUGGAAAUAGUUAAAAGAGCGUAUUAGAACAUAGUUAAAAUAUUUUCUCACCAAAGUAAGUCAAAGAAAUAAACUAUGUUGUCAAUAUUAGUUAAAAUAAUAUACCCGUAUAAGUAUUCUCUGUGCUUAAGUUUGAGCAAAUGGAUUAAUGCAUACCAGGCUUUGGAAACUCUUUUAGCUCUAGCAUAUUGAACCAAACUGUUUUCUUUAAUUUUUUAAGAAUAGAAAGUUGGAGUUUAGAGCAGCAAUUGGAUUCAGAGCAGAAUGAAGACUGAGCUCUCCCUCCUUAAAGGCAGAUUUUUGAGAACACUUAUCUGAAAUAGAUGUAUGCCGGAAUAGAAUCUGGAGUAAGGAAUUUUAAAAUAGGAAGUAUGCUGUCUUGUACAUGUGACUGGCUUAUACAAAGACUCUUUUUUGACCAUCCGCAUUAUUUAUCUAUAUAUUACUAUUGGAACACAAAUGUGGCUGGACCCAUAUAUAUUAUUUCUUCUUGGUUUUAUUAUUUCUUUACUUUCUAUCUUUUUUUUUUUUUUCCCUUCAAAGUGGCUCUCCACUGUCAUGAAUUUAUGUAAUAGUUUCUUCACAGGCUGUCAACAGGCAGAGGUUCAUUCCCAUUUUCUUCAGAUAUCCAUGCUUCCAGCAGAAGUUAGUUCUGAUGUUCCACCUCAGAACAAGUAAUUUUUUUUUAAAAAAAUGCCAUAAUGAGCAGUAUUCAAAAAGAAAAAAGGGGGAAAAGUCUUCUGGUAGCUCAUGAAGAGGAUGUGGUGACCUCACUUGUUUUGUGUACUUGUAUGUAGGGAUAUUUUUGUUGUGUUCUAGUUGAAAACACUACUGCACCAAUCUUUCUGUAGAUGGCCUGAACCUCAUGUUGUUGUAGUGGAGAGAAAAAGCCCUGUUUUUUUCCUUGCUGUCUCACUUUGGGUGGAAAAGAGAGGGAGUAGGGAACACUGACUGGACAACAAAGAGAAUUAAGCCUGUUAUGGUAACUCGUUUUCUAGGAUAAUCUUUUUUGAAAAGUCAGAGAACUUGGAUUUGGCAUAAAACUUUUGUUUGUAGACAGAAAAAUAGGAAAUGAAAUAUUAUAGGGGUUUUCCCAUUCUCUAAGUUCUCACGUUCCUGCAAUUGAAAGAAAAGAAAUGAACAUGAAAGUGGAAAGACCACCUAGAAACUAUAUCAAAGACUCUUCCAGCAACUUUCCCUUUUCUUCUCCUACUAUACUUGCUAAUAAACCCUGGCUACAAGGUAGCCUUUGUUGACCUCUGAGGUAGAUUACCUAUGCAACCUAUAAUACUCUACAUGAAUCCAUUCUUAAAGACAAUUUUGAAAGGGUUAGAUGUUGAGAGUUAAAAUUGUUGCUUUCUGAUUACAUGGGGGUUUUGGGAGGUUUUGGUUUUUUUAGUGAUUGAAGUGCUUGUGUUACGUUUAGUAGAGAUAUAAGAGAGCACAGUGUCAUGAUCACAUUUUAGAAGCUUCAGCUUUCCCUAGGCUUUGCUGUAUGGCAUAAGCUAUCUUCAUUCACAAGGCCAUGAACUUGUAAAUGUGGAAAAUUUUUGCAGGGUUUCAGAGUCAGAGCUGAUGUGAAUCUUGCUACCCCCUUUUUGUAAUUGUGGAGACUAAGGAGAACUGAAGUUAGAACGACCUGGUACUACAAGCCUAUAACCAGUGCCCUGUUUAGGCUCCACAGGCCCAACCAUGCCUUCACACUCCCACCAUGACCCCCAAAUCUAGUGUCUUUCCAGAGUUUCAUUCAUGUAAUACUUCCAGACCAUUAAAAGCUGUUUGUAGCUCUGGGGUUGAAUGAGCCCAGAGCCACUCUUUCACAGAAGAAAUAUAAAUGGAACCAAGGGCCUUACUGUUUGUGGUUAAACAAGAUUAAAAGCUGCAACAUCCAUUUUUCCAAAAAAA